AUGACUCGUCCCAUUCGCGUCUUGUGUCUACAUGGGUGGCGAACAAGUGGCAAUAUUCUGUAUCAUCAAACUACUGCCUUACGUCAAGCAUUUGGAUCGAAGGCUGAAUUCUUGUAUGUAAAUGCACCAUGGACAGCUUCAGGUCCAGCUCCAGAUCUCGUGCGCUCUUUCUAUGGUGAAAUAGGCCCAUUCUAUCAGUGGUGGGAUGCUAUCAAGCAUAAGGACAGCGAGACGUUUCAAUACAAAGGCUUUGAGGUCUCUUUAGACUUUUUGACGGGUCAUAUUCAGACUUUAGGCACUGUCGAUGUGGUCUUAGGGUUUUCUCAAGGAGCUGCUGUUGCGACGUUAUUGACAGCGCAUUACCGCUUGAAUUAUGGUCACGUGCCUUGGAAAGCCUGUGUACUCAUAGGAGGAUUUUAUCCUCGCAAUAAUGAGACACAGGAGCUUCUGGAUGCGGCUAAAACUUCAGCUGACGGGGCCAUUGAUAUACCAUCUGUGCAUGUGGUGGGUAGAGCGGAUCCGUUGGCCCCCAAUUCGAACAAGUUGGUCCAGAGUUUUACACAGAUGAGGAGAGUCAAGUUGGAGCAUGAAGAAGGACACAAGUUUCCAUCUCCGCUCAAGUACAAGCAAUUGUACGAUGAUAUUGCUCACGAAGUGCUGGCUAUGACGGGUCAAGCUUGGGGACAAGAGACAACGUAA